GCCGUUGCUACACCAUGCUAUCGAGGUCGCAAGCCCUUGUGUUGCAGAAUGAAGCCACAUAUACAAAGAUCAGCACUGCGCCAAAGAUGCUGUGAACAGAAACUAAAGCGCGGCAUGACAUUCGAUUCGAGGGUGCUGGGAGUUAGGGAGUUGGUUGCAGGUCGGUUAGAUAGACAAAAAGGUCCAUUGAAGCUGCUCGACGAUCCCAGAAUGUCCACAAGCGUAUACAAUGAGUAAUUGAAUACACAAUUAAGCUCAGACUGUGUGUUGCUGAGACUGUGUGUAGCUCUACACUUGUGACUAUAAAAACAUGCUGGUGUCGUAGCCCAGUCACCAGAUCUUAGAGAUAACAAGCCAUAGGAACCAUGACCCUGUUCAACAAACCCCAGUUUUGGCAGAAGGAGCAACAUCGAGAGGAGGUCGUCUCUGUAGAGGAUAUCUCACUCGAAGAUGAACAAGAUUCCUCAAAAAACCUAGAACAAGUUCAACUGCCAUUCAGCAAAUGCUGGGAGCUCUUCUGGCAAUGGAAAGCUGCAAAGAAACAACCAAGAUCCAAGUUCUUCUUCUGGUAUCCUCCAGAGCAAUCCAAAGAUGAAAGGUAUUUGGUUUUCAAAUUGGACAUGUCCAUCAUGAUCUACGUGUGUUUGGCCUAUUUUACAAGAUAUCUAGACGCACAGAACAUAUCAUCUGCCUACAUCUCAGGGAUGAAGGAGGACUUAAACAUCACUGGUGAACAGUACGUCUGGUUAACACAGCUGUUCUCAGCAGGGUAUUGUACUUCUGGUGCAGUGACCACGUUGAUCCUAACAAAGGUUCGAUUCUCCAGAAUGAUUCCAAUCCUGGAGUUCCUGUGGGGGUUAAUGUGUCUGUUGGUCUACAGAGCCGAGAACUUUAGAACAGUUGCCGGCUUGAGGUUUGUACAAGGUGUCUGUGAAGGUGCAGCAUGGCCUGCAAUUCACUAUGCCCUUGGAUCAUGGUAUACGCCAAAGGAACUGGGUAAGAGGACAGGAAUAUACACAGCAUCUGGUAUUGCUGGUGUUGUUCUCUCUGGAUUGAUCCAAUCAGGGUUGCAAAAGUCUAUGGAUGGUAAGAACGGAUUGGCCGGCUGGAGAUGGCUAUUCAUCAUUGACUCCAUUAUCACCUUUCCAAUCGCAAUAUUGGGAUUCUUUGUAUUCCCAGAUACCCCGGAGAAUGCCAGACCAAGGUUCUACUUGUCCAAAGAGGACAUUCAGUUUUGCAAAGAGAGGGUAAAGAUCAACGGUGCUGACAGAAAGAACAACUUGGACCUGAGCACUUUCAAGCGUGUCUUCCUCAGCUACCAAUGGUACAUAUUUGUCAUUGCCUGGAUUCUGUGGUGUUACAGUGGUAUCAUGUCCGGUUAUAUGGGUAUUGUUCUCAAAGCACUAGGCUAUAACAUCUACGACAGAAACAAUAUCCCUACCGGUAUCUCAGGUGUGGGAAUCGUAUCGGGAAUCCUCACGGGCUUUAUAGUUGAUCUCACUGGGAAGAGAAUCUACGUGAUCACGCUUUGUUUGGUCUUUUGGAUUACGGGACUGUCCAUUAUCAAGGCCUAUGACGUCCCAAGGGGCGUGUUUAUUAUGGGAUACAUGUUCUGUGGUGUAUCAUCUGCUGUAUCCCCUAUCAUCGUCGGCUGGUGCAAUGAGCUGUGUCGUGAGGAUAACCAGAAGAGGGCAGCAACAAUUGGUAGCUUGAACUUGUUUGGUGGACUGCUAAGUAUACCUUUUAGCGUUAAGCUGUUCAACGCUGAUUUCGCUCCAAAGUUUACAAAGGGCUCUCUGGCAUGUCUGAUAACCUCGGUACUCUUACUGUUCCACCUGUUCAUCAUCUUGUUCUUCGACCGCUACCAACAACGGAAGAGAGAGUACAUCUCUGAGAGUUACAACGAUGAGAAAAGUGACGUUAUAAGCACUAAGCCGGCGUAAACAAUCAUACUAAUACAUUCGAUUCACUUGAAUAUGGUCAGAUGGGUCUUCUUGUUGUGUCGUACCUCCAUUCGUUUGAACUUGCCGCUGUGGUUCUGGAUUAGCCGCUGGUGUUUCUUCUUCAGGCUGAGGACG